AUGGAGAAGAUGAGAAGAGAGUUCAUGCAAGAGUCAAAGGUCUUCGAUAUCAGGCAACAGGAAGCAGUCCUUGAUAAGCUGCAAAAUAUAGUUACAAAAGAUAUUGCAACAGCUGAGAUACAAGAGUCCCUGCUCAAUGCAUCUGGCCUUGGCAAGGAGAAGUUGAUCACAUUUGUCAAAGAGAAGCUUGUGCUUCAAACAGAAACAGAAAAGAAGCUCAGGGAUCCCUCGCCCAAAAAUAAAGUGCCCACAUUUGCAAUUUUCCAAGAAGUAGAAAUGAAAGUUAGAUGUGACAAAUCAGCUACCGUAGUUAGAGCUGAGAAGAAUGUCCUACAGCGCAUUAUUACUGCCUUUAACACAGGAAGGAAAAUAGACUUGCUGGAAAUACUCAGCCAUGAGUUGACAAACGUGCCUGUAUCAGUUGUGGAUGAGAAUGGUUGUUUGCGAAGUGGAAAUAAGUCUCUCCUCUCUCAGGUACUUUCCAGUGGUUUAGAAAGUGGUUUGAACAGUGGUUUAAACUGGCCAUGCCACAAAGUUUAUCUGGUAAAAUUUUAUUCAGAGUGUUAA